UGUACUCGUGAGGUUAAAUGUACACAACAAUUUAAUACACAACCAUUUAAAAUGAAAUAAGUAAUCUAUAAACUAUAUAAUACAAAAUACCUUGGUGUAUUUGUAAGCAAUAGUGAAUACCAUGUUUUUUUAUAAAGGGAUUUGUAUCUUCCUUGUUAUCUUCGUAUAUCAUGUCAAAACUGAUCUGUGGAGGAAAGUGUCUAGUCACGCAGCGUGGAAGACUCUGGACGCCUCUGAGUGCGGCUAUAGUGCGUCCGACCGCAUCAUCGGCGGACGCGACGCGGCGCUGGGGCAGUUCCCGUGGAUCGUGCGCCUCGGAUAUAACACUGGCGAUGCCGAGUUGGAUUGGAUGUGUGGCGGAGCGUUGCUGACCGACCGGCACGUGGUGACGGCGGCACACUGCGUACAGACCUCGGAUGAGUAUAAUCUCACAACCAUAAGGGCAGGCGAACACAACACACAGACCGACCGGGACUGCGCACUCCGCGUGUGUGCACCAGCAGUCCAGGACCGGAACAUCAAAUCUAUCAAAAGCCAUUCGCAGUACAACAAGCCCGAGUACCACAACGACCUGGCUCUCGUCGUGCUGGAUAAGCCGGUCCAACUCAAUGACUACGUGCUGCCAAUCUGCCUGCCCCGCAGAGAGCAGCUCACUCCGGCGGCGGUGCGGCUAGGGGAGCCCCUGGUGGUGGCGGGCUGGGGCACCCUCAACAUGACCACCGAGCAACGGGCCACAGUGCUGCAAUACGUCGCCGUGCCAGUACUGCCACCAGAGAGGUGUAACCGAGUGAACCAAGGUUUCCGCCUCGCCAGCACGGAGAUAUGCGCCGGCGCGACCCUCAACAAGGACGCCUGCGGUGGUGACUCAGGAGGGCCCAUGAUGAAGGUCUUCGAUACACCUGAUGGGCCGAAGACCUUCCUAGUGGGGGUCGUGUCAUUCGGCCCCACCAUUUGCGGCAGCAAACAGCCAGGCGUAUACACUUCUGUGCCACACUUCUUGCCCUGGAUGCUUGAUAAUAUUGUGAAAUAAAAAAAAAUGCGGGGACCCCGUUAGGAACAAAAUGCUUUUUAUUCAAUAUCUAUCCAAAUAUAUAAAAGAAAGUCAAAAAAGUUACUCUAUUUAUAACUCAAGUACGGCUGGAGCGAUUUGGUUGAAAAUUGGUGGAGAGGUAGCUAGCUUAGAAUCAGGAU